CACCUCCCACCAUGCUCCAUGCUGCCCCUGUGAUGGCCUAGUAGCCUUUCCUCAAUGUGAUGAUCUCCAGAAGUAUGGGAUUAAAAGGCAAUGUUUGCAAUGGAGUUAAGUCCAACACGGCAACAAAUUGAGAUUGGACUAAGAAUACAUAUUUAGCCAUUCUUGAUGGAAAGCAGAAAUCUCAAGGAUUACUCAGGUUCUGAAUCACUGAAGAGCAGCAACAUUUGCCUUAGGAGAAAUGCAUUCUGUUGACGGUUCAUUCACCACCUCCUUCAAUGCAUGGAGCCUUUCUCCUAAUUUUUGUUGCUCCCCAAAAAGAUAUAUAUUAAUGAUAAUGUCAUAGACACGUUCUCUGCAUUGAUAGUCCCCAAGCAGUUUUUUCAAUUGGACAUUAGGUAGAGCUGUUAGUCCCGGUUGUGCUACUUGUCUGAACUACCUUGCAGGGCUAAAACUUUUAGAUGUAGUUUUUUAAAAAUUUAAAAUCCUCUAAAGGAACAUGUACCAGGAUGGAUCUAUAGAGAUCUCUUUUCAUCUGUUUCAUUUGACAGGUUUGCCCUUUGAUCCUUAUGAGCUUGUGGACAUUGCGGUUGCCAACGUAAUUUCUAUCUUAAUAUUUGGGAAACGAUUUGAAUAUGACGACACCCUCCUCAAAACUCUGCUGGAUGUGAUGCAUCAAAGUUCUGAAAUGGCAGUGGGACCCUGGGCCUUGCUUUACAAUGCCAUGCCCUUAGUGAGGCGGCUUCCCCUGCCCCAUCAGAGAAUACUAACAACAAUGAAGAAAAUAGAUGAUUUCAUUGAAAAAGAGGUGGAAGAGCACAAGGCGACCCUCGUUCUCGGAGAACCUCGGGAUUUAACUGAUGCAUAUUUGGAAGAAAUACAAAAGGCAGAGAGGAAAGGUUCCAGUUUUGAAGAAGAGCAACUACGAAUUUCAGUUUCUGAACUAUUCGUGGCUGGAACAGAGACGACAGCAGGAACACUUCGGUGGGGAUUCCUCUAUUUGAUGGCCUUCCCAGAGAUCCAAGAGGAAUGCUGGAAGGAAAUAAACGCUGUUCUGGGAAACAAUGCAAGCCUGAAAUAUGAAGAUAGAGAACACUUGCCCUACACAAAUGCCGUCAUUCAUGAAAUCCAACGCAUUUCAAAUGUUGCUGCUCUUGGAAUACCUCACGCACCCAUUAAGGAUGUACAGCUCUUUGGAUAUACAAUUCCCAAGGUUACUGGAAGGCAGAAUGGAGAAGAGCAGAGUGCACAACGGGUUUAUGAAAUUGCUCCUCCUGGCAUGAGAAUCUGGGGCCAUUACAGGACAGGGGAAAUGUUCUGGGUGGGUGACAAAGAGGCUCUUGGCUUCUCAGGGCCCCCUGCCUUGCUGUUUGCCAGUCAUCCCAACAAGCAAGGCCAGGUCAAGAAGCAGACACCAUGA